AUUGUUUCACAAAUAAACAGUAUCAUAAUCAAUCACUAAACUUUUGCUAAUUAUAAUAGUAAAAGACAAGGAAACCACAAUAUUAAGACAAAUCCUGCAAUUUUCCAUUGACUAAGCAAGGUUAAUAUCUGUCAUGUCGGUUCCAACUCAUAUAUAUGGACUAUAUGUUAAUGGAAAUUUAUCAAAAUCUUCUUCAACAAUCAAAAUCUUCAUCUAACCCAAAAGAAAAACCCAGCAAUGGAAAUGAAUAAAGCCCAACAAACAAGAUCAUUGAGCUUACCUUCAAAGUUAAAUCCUAUCAACCAAAAAAUCGAAACACAGCUGAAAAAACUCAGAAUCAAAGAGGAAUCAGCAACAUCAGCUUCAGAAAGAAUCAUAAAUGGUGUUUCGGGUUUAUCAGAAUUGUAUGAAUGCAUUAACAAAGCUCUGAGUCUUCCAAUGACCCAACAAGCUCUUUCACUUUCACAACAUGAAAAACAUGUGGGUGUGUUGUUAAAGAGAUGCUCGAGCCUACUUAACAUUUGCGGCUCAAUCAUGGAGAUUGUGCAGCUACAAUGCGCAAUCACUAAACUGCUUAAAUCUUCUCUUUCUGAAUCAAAAGAAGACACCAACAUUGAAACCAAUAUCGGUAUCUAUACUUCCACAAGGAAGGAGGUUAUUAAGAAGGCUAAAAAUGUAGUUAUGACAUUAAAUCAACUCCUUGGGGAAGAACAUCAAGAAGAAUGUAAUGCAUCAACAUUGAUUAAAUCACUUAGAUGUGUUAGUAUUAUUAACUUGUCUGUUUUUGAGUCACUGUUAAAUUUUGAGUCAUCGCCGGUGUCUAAGCCUAAGAGGACAAUUGUUUCAAAGUUGAUGAACAAGGGAUCCGCGUGCAAAUUUGAGACGGGAAAUCAGAUAAAUGAUGUUGAUAAUGUGUUACAUGAAUUAGUUUUAGGGGGAUCAGCAGCAAGUGAUGAUAAGUUGUGCAUUGCGAUAACGAAAUUGAAGGGCUUGGUGGGCGUAAUGGAGAGCCUUCAGACUGUCUUAAACAAAAUGUCUCACCAACUUAUUCAAACAAAAGCCUUUCUAAUGAAUAUCGUUUCUUUUUAGUUUGAUAUUAAAUAUUUGUAUUCAAGUAUAUAACACUAAUUAGAUAAUCUGUAUACACUAUGGUUAGAUGAAUAUAUUUUGUGACUGAUUUUAAUAUUAAAUUUUCAUUGAGUUUUGCAUAAUUAUUUGUC